GGGACAUAAACAUUCUCUUGAUUGGUGAUCCAUCAACAGCCAAGUCUCAAAUGUUGCGAUAUGUGCUACACUCUGCACCACGUGCUAUCGCUACUACAGGGCGUGGUUCGUCUGGUGUUGGUCUCACUGCUGCUGUCACCACCGACCCUGAAACAGGUUGGUAGAGAGGACUUCAACGCGAUGGUAUAUGGAACGAUUUUCACCGCCGUUUUAUAAUGCAAAUAAUAAUACAUGAAAUUUGGAUGGUUCGGCAACCUGUUUCGUUACCAGUUGGCCGAAUUUUUCUUUUGUUGUAAUUUGUAAACACUCGAUCAAUAAGAGAUUGCUCUUACUUGACUUUUAUAGAGAGAACAGUUUAGAACUGAUAGAGCUAUCUAGUAUAAAUAAAGUUAUUUUUGUUUAGGUUUACUUCUGUAUUAACACUGGAUCAAUAAGAGAUGAUACUUACUGGACCUCUAGGGAGAACAGUUCAGAAAUGAUAGAGCUAUCCGGUUUAAAUAAAGUCAGUUUAAUUUAGGUUUCCUCCUAAACUGAAUCAAUAAGAGAUGAUCUUUACUGGACCUUUAUGGAUAACAAUUUAGAACUGAUAGGGAAUCCCGUUCUAUUGCACACUGGUAACAUAACUGAACUAGUGCGCAAAUCUUACCGCGUUUUUUUUAGUGAAAAUUAAAGUUCUUCAUUGAAAUAGCGAUGGGUAAAAUUUAUUUUUGCAGGAGAUAAAAGACUGGAAGCUGGUGCUAUGGUUCUUGCUGACCGGGGAAUUGUCUGCAUUGACGAAUUUGAUAAGGUAGAAUGAAGUAGAAUAACAUAGGAUGAAAUGAAAUGAAAUGAAAGAGAAUUGUAAUGAAAUUAAAUGAAAUGAAAUGAAAGAGAAUUGAAAUGAAAUGAAAGAGAAUUGAAAUGAAAUGAAAUGAAAUGAAAUGAAAGAGAAUUGAAAUGAAAUGAAAUGAAAGAGAAUUGAAAUGAAAUGAAAGAGAAUUAAAUGAAAUGAAAUGAAAGAGAAUUAAAUGAAAUGAAAUGAAAGAGAAAUGAAAUGAAAGAGAAAUGAAAUGAAAUGAAAUGAAAUGAAAUGAAAGAGAAUUGAAAUGAAAGAGAAUGAAAUGAAAGAGAAUUGAAUUAAAAAUAGAAUAAGAAUGAAAAGGAAUGUAACACCGGGUGAUUCUCACGGAAUGGAAUAUAAGAGAAUGAGUUAUGAACGGGAAAACAGAACUAUGGUAAAAUUAUUUUUCUGUUAGAUGAGCGACAUAGAUCGUACAGCUAUCCACGAGGUAAUGGAACAAGGCAGGGUGACGAUUUCAAAAGCUGGUAUUCACGCCAAGUUGAAUGCGAGAUGUUCCGUACUCGCUGCCGCUAAUCCUGUCUGGGGAAGGGUGAGGCUUUUCAAAUAUUUCUGUUUAUUAAACGUGGUCUGCUUUCCUAGGUUUACUUUAAUUUUGUAUUUCUAUUCAUUUUUAUGAUCAGUAUGAUCAAUACAAGAACCCGAUGGACAACAUUGGUAUGCAGGACUCUCUCUUGUCCCGUUUUGAUCUUCUGUUUAUUGUUCUCGAUCAG